GGAUGGGGAGUGGAAAGUAACGGACAAAGAACUACUCAGCAGCCUAGCGUCAACAGGAAAAGGUUAAGCGAAGCCUUUCCCCGCCAUGCCGCCUGUAAUCGGAAAAAAAAACGAGGAUCUCAGCAGUGACGAAAAAUACGAGGAGGAGAGCUUUCGAUCCAAACAACUCUUUUUAUUUGCUUGGCAAAUAGCUAAAGGAAUGGUAAUUACUAUAUGAUUAUUUUCUGAGCGGCGUUGCUUCGGUUCAGUUUCUGUUUUCAUCAUUCAAAGAUCGGUUUCAGACUAUUUCAUAAGCAAGAAAUAAAGGACAUAUGGGUUAAUUUUCUAGAUGAAGAAUGAUUUCAUUUUUUUCGAUCGGUUUCAGACUAUUUCACAAGCAAGAAAUAAAGGACAUAUGGGUUAAUUUUCUAGAUGAAGAAUGAUUUGAUUUUUUUCAUUAGAAUGUCAAAUUAGUUUUAGUGGAGAAAUUGUCUUAGUCGAUCGAACCAAAUUUGGCAUGUUUCGUAUAAACUUGAAUCAGUCGUUCAGAUCAGUUCAGUUCAGUAUUUUUCUUUUAAUUGUUUGCCCCUAAUUUUCUCGCCUUCAUCCAUGCCUUUUUAGGCAGUAACUGAAGUAUUUUGGUACUUAUUUUCAUAUUUUCUCCUUCCUUCUUAAUUAGAAUCAUCUCGCCGAAACAAUCUUUUUCACAGAGACCUUGCUGCCCGUAAUGUUCUUGUUGGCUAUGACAACAAAAUCAAAGUGUCAGACUUUGGGUUGAUGAUACAAAUCUAUGAAGAUGUGAGCAGUUCAGCGAAGUCCAAAAAACUUUCUGCGAAAUGGAUGGCCGCAGAAUCACUCUAUCAAGGCCUUUACACUACCAAAAGUGAUGUGUACGUACAAAAGAUUCCCACUCUUUUAAACACAUUUUCGAUAUAUUGCUGCUCAGAAAACCUCAGCUACCCUAAAAAUCGUGAUCAGUGAGUUUAAUUCAAACCGAUCUAGAAUUCCAGUGGUUAAUAUAGGGGGUAAUUUCGUACUUGUCAGCGCAAUUUUGACUCAGGACUAUAUAUAGUUUUCAUAGUCAAUAGCGAGAGCUGCGUCUGUUGAAUUCUUACAUCAGAGUGUAUGUAAAGACCACUUAGAAGCUUUCCUUUGCCGGGAAAAGUUUACGAAUAUGCGACAGACCCGUCACGUAAAUUGGUAUUGAUUUUCCUACUCUAUUAACAUUGCUAGGCCAUUUGCUAAGGGCUUUGAGCAUCUGAGGCCUGGUGUCAUAGGGUUUAGUCAAGCGCGAAGGCACGGAAAGGUGGAGACACGCCCUUUUCCCUUAAGUUCGUCAAGUAAAAAGAAGAGGAGGGAAAUUUAGAGCGUUUAUGCAGUGAGCAUAUUCAUGACCUUUGCGCUUUUCUCUGCAGUUGGUCUUUUGGUGUUGUUCUUUGGGAGAUGGCUACAUUGGGUGAGUAGACCGUCACACACUGAUCAUGUUACCUUCCAAGGGGAGUGAGAUCCCAAGAACUGUCCUCCUUAGUGCCACGGGGGAUAUGACUUGAAUAGUGCGACUAGCCUGAUAUUAAAGGACGACACUGGGACUUUUAAAAGAGUGAGUCCUUAUUAAAUAAGGUUAUUGCCAUCAGGAAACAGGCUGAUACCUGAUCAGUUGUAUUUGUGGCAAGCCAUGCCUUUUGUUUUGAACUAGGCUUUAUGUCUGAAAUCAUAAAUAAGUGAUAAUCGGCAUCAAAUAUGUGCGCAUUAUAGAGGGCAUUAUUACUAAGCACCAUGCUUUCUUUCUUUCCUUCUUGCUUUCUUCCUUACAUUUAAAUGCAACUCUGACCCCUACUCAAUCACUAUUCUUUAGCAAAACUGCAUUAUUGAGGGCGGGGAAAUGAAGACUCGUGGACGUUGACAUUUCCAGUAGAAAUCUAUCCAAUGGAAUGAGCCGUAUUUUCAAAUAAUAACAUGUAUAUUUUUUCUUUUUCAUAACGUGAUCAGGAGGCGUACCAUACCCCACGCUGACCAACUCAGAGUUGUAUCGACUGCUUGGCAUUGGUUAUCGCAUGGAAAGGCCUGACAUGUGCUCCGAUGAUGUGUACGUUUCUUGAUCAGAAUCGUCUUAAAGUUUACAAAUAGAUUCGAUUUUUCCGUGCGUCUUCAUAGUUAUAAAUUAUAGCAAUGAACGUUGCAGAAGACAAGUCGGUUGGCAAUUUUGACGUUUUCUUCGAUCAAAUUGAUUACUGAACAGACGGACGGCAAUCUUAAAUAUUUGUUUCAUACAGUAGUAUGAUAGUGUUAAGACUUUAACAGAGAUCGACAGCAAGGAUUUUUUCUCCAUGUUUGAUAUUUCCUGAUGGUAAGUGAUUAAAACUUGGUAUUUUUCUCUUACCUGGUAACAGCUUUAUUAGCAAAAUUUGGCGAUGUUGGCUAAUUCUUUCAACUUGGAAAACUUUAAACAACAUUUCCAGUAGACCAUUCCAAAACCAUCCACCACGCGAGGGUCCCGUUGCUGUCGUGUUUUCUCUCGCAUGCCGCUCGCGCGUGUAUUUCUCACGAGAUCGCCCCAAGUGUAGAGCCUUCUUGCGGGCUUGGCAAGAAACCGACCAGCCUAAUGAUCCGGCGUGAGUGGUUCCCAGCUGGUCUUAAGGAAAAACUAUUCUACUAAAUUGGGGUAUCUUACGUCAAAUAGAAACGGUUUCUAUGUAUGUAAUAAUGGAAUGGAACUCUUACUAACUUAAAUUGUUGUUGUUGUUUUUUAUUCAUAACAGAUAUGAGGUGAAGACUGACUGUUGGAAGGAGGAACCACGCUUUCGUCCCAGUUUCUUUCAGAUGAUCGAAAAACUGGAGGUGAUAAUGCAGAGGGAUGCACCAUACUUGGAUCUAAACAAACAUAAUGAAGAUCAUCCGUAUUACAACGUGCCCCCUGAAGCUAGUGGUGAUUAA